AGUCCUCCUUAUUAUCGAUAGCACUUUGUUGCUAUGUAAUGAAUUGCUGUUGAUCAAUAUCAUAAAACAAAAUGUAACUAAUAUAAAAUGGAUAAUUCUGCUCGUAUCGUAUAUGUGUGCUGUCUGUGCCUUCGUCAAUAUGAUCUCCAGGAGGAUCUUCGAGGACAUCUCGUAUACUUUCAUGGCUAUGAGCCCAUUCCGGUGCCCAGUGUCAAAAACAAAACUGCGAAGAUUUCAACUGCGGAACAACCUGCAGCCGGCAGGAUCAACCGGGAUAAACAAACCAUUGUGGAGCAAUCGGAGGACUUUGAACCUCCGCCAAGCGAACUGCAGCCCAUGCCUUUCAAGGACUUUCGACUAGUGUUAAGGGCCAACAUGUUAGAACCGUGCUCCUUUGGGAAGGAAUGUCCCUUCAAGUUCCAAGAUGCUGCCAAAAUGAACCUCCACUCCAGUUGCCACAAGGGCGGCACCUUUUCCUGUUGCGAAUGUGGAAUGGAACUGCCCAACUGGCGGCGGUGCUCGGCUCACCUGUGGAAAACCCACCAGGUGGAUGUGGAUCUACUGGAGUGUCCCGUCAACGAAUGCAACUACAAGUCGCCCAUAUCCGCUCUCGUGUGGCGCCACAUGCAGGUUCACAAAAAGUGGCGACCCAGGGUGCUCCGCUCACUGGCAGCCGUUCAGCGAAGAAGGAAGCUAAGGGAACAGUCCGCGGAUGUUACCGCGCAACCUGCUGCUCAGUCGCCAGCUUCAAAGAGGAACAAAUACUAUGCCGAGAAGACCUGCGAGAUUUGCAAUCGCAAGUUCGUUAAUGGCAAAACUCUCUCCAAACACGUGAAGACUGUUCACAACAAAAUCAAGCCAUUUAUCUGCAAUGUUUGUGGCAAAAAGACGGCCAGGAAGGCUAGCUUAAUAAUUCACAUGCGUCAGCACACCGGCGAAAAGCCUCUGCAGUGUGGGGAAUGUAAGUUCUCCACUCGCGAUCCCAGUGUCCUGCACAAGCAUCGGCAGCGUCAUGAUAGCCAAGACACAAGGAGCAGCCUAAAGUGUAGUCAAUGCGAGUACUUCUGUAUUCAAGCCAAUGCUCUCAAGCGGCACAUGCGACUCAAUCAUGCAGAAGCCUAUCGGGACUUAUGCUGUGAUAUUUGCAGCUUCAGCUCCAUUAAUGCAGAGCGACUACAAGCCCACAAACAGGACCAUCGACAGGGCUUGAUCACAAAUUGUGAGGAUUCUAUGGAUGCACGUGCCGCUGGAUUCAAGUAUCCUCGUAAAGUGGGCGACAAGAACGGGGAGAUAUCAGUUGACUGUUUUAUGCCGUUGGAGAGCGUUGAUUCAUUACCCCAUGAACCAGCUUUGGAUACGGGUGGCGUUACCAUACCAGCUCCUCCCUCUGAAGAUACUCAGUUCCCCACGUAUUUAAAGGAUUAAAAUUAUAACAUUUUAAGUUGGUUGAUUAAGGAGUUUUGUAUAAAAUAAUGUUCUCAUGCUGUUUGUUUUGGGGAUUUAAAUGCUUGUUUAUUAAGUUGUUCAGUUUUCCAUUUAAUUUUAAUAUCAUUUUAGAAUCUGAUAUGAUUUUUUUGUUCAACAUUCGAAUUAUUUAGUCAUGCUGGUUUACCGUGUUCCGUUUAAUUACGCUUUACUUUAAACUAAUUUAAAAUUUAAAAAUCUACUCUGCCAGCGAUAAUCAUCCGGUUUCAGUUCGGUUUCAAGAUCAGCGCUUUUAAAUCUAUGUUACGACAGAAAUGUUUUCAUUUGGGCAGUUUCGCUAAUAACUUGUUUAAGUUUUUAAUAUUUAUUUUAAUUAGUUCAGUAGUUGAGCUUCACUUUAGUUUAACAUAUUUCUUUAUGCUUGCAUUUAAUCAGCUGCAGGACUUCGCAGACCAAGUGAUCUGGAGAAUCCAAAAGUUAUGCACC